CGGCGGUGGACCUGGAGCACGGCCGGGCCGAGCGCCGAUAGAGCGUCGCGCAGGCAGACAGGCCGCGGCCGCCGCCGGAUCCCGCCCCGCGCCCCGGCAUGCCGUCCGCGGGCUCCGCCUGAGCUGCGGCCGCCGGCGCCGAGCAGGCUCGGGGCCUCGGGGCCGGGCCGGGGCCAUGCGCGCGCUGCCCUGACGAUGCCGCCCGCCGCGCCCGCCCGCCUGGCGCUCGCCCUGGGCCUGGGCCUGUGGCUCGGGGCGCUGGCGGGGGGCCCCGGGCGCGGCUGCGGGCCCUGCGCUCCGCCUUGCCUCUGCGGCCCGGCGCCCGGCGCCGCCUGCCGCGUCAACUGCUCCGGCCGCGGACUGCGGACGCUCGGGCCCGCGCUGCGCAUCCCCGCGGACGCUACCGCGCUAGAUGUCUCCCACAACCUGCUUCGGGCGCUGGAUGUCAGGCUCCUGGCGAACCUCUCAGUGCUGACCGAACUGGACAUAAGCAACAACAAGAUUUCUACAUUAGAAGAAGGAAUAUUUGCUAAUUUAUUUAAUUUAAGUGAAAUAAACCUGAGCGGGAACCCGUUGGAGUGUGACUGUGGUCUGGCGUGGCUGCCGCGCUGGGUGGAGGAGCAGCGGGUCCGCGUGGUGCGGCCUGAGGCGGCCACGUGUGCUGGACCCAGCCCCCUGGCUGGCCGGCCCCUCCUCGGCGUUCCCUUGUUGGAUGGCAGCUGUGGUGAGAAGUACAUCGCCUGCCUCCCCGACAACAGCUCGGGCGCUGUGGUGCUGGUGACCUUCUCAGCUGCCCACGAGGGCCCACUGGCACCCGAGGCCUGCAGCGCCUUCUGCUUUGCGGCUGGUCAGGACCUCGCAGCCCUCGCAGAGCAGGGCUGGUGCCUGUGCGGGGCGGCUCAGCCCCCCAACACCUCCUCAGCCUGCCUCCCCUUCUGCUCCAACCCCCCGCUGUCCCUGGCCCCUGCCUGUGGGGGCCCCACCCUCCUCCAGAACGUCUUCCCUGCCUCCCCAGGGGCCGCCCUGGUGGGGCCCCAAGGACCCCUGGCCUCUGGCCAGCCAGCAGCCUUCCAUGUCACCGCCUCACUGCCUGUCAGCUCCACACGCUGGGACUUCGGCGAUGACUCCCCUGAGGUGGACGUUGCUGGUCCAGCCACCACUCACCGCUAUGUGCUCCCCGGGCACUAUCACGUGACAGCCGUGCUGGCCCUGGGGGCUGGCUCAGCCCGGCUUGGGGCAGAGGUGCAGGUGGAGGCAACUCCUGCUGCCCUAGAGCUCGUGUGUCUGGCCUCAGUGCGCAGUGAUGAGACUCUCGAGCUCGGUGUCCGAAAUCGCGGUGGCUCAGGCCUCGAGGCCACCUACAGCAUCAUGGCCCUGGGCAAGGAGCCCGCCCAACUGGUGCAUCCGCUCUGCCCCUCGGACACGGAGAUCUUCCCUGGUAACGGGCACUGCUACCGCCUGGUGGUGGAGAAGGCAGCCUGGCUGCAGGCACAAGAGCAGUGCCGGGCCUGGGCCGGGGCCGCCUUGGCCAUGGUGGAUAGUCCCGCCGUCCAGCACUUCUUGAUCUCCCGGGUCACCAGGAGCCUGGAUGUGUGGAUUGGCUUCUCAGCUGUGGAUGGGGCGGACGCGGGCCUGGCCUCGCGGGGCGAGGCCUUCAGCCUGGAGAGCUGCCAGAACUGGCUACCCGGGGAGCCGCACCCCGCCACGGCCGAGCGCUGCGUGCGGCUUGGGCCUGCCGGGCAGUGCAACACGGACCUGUGCUCAGUGCCGCAUAGCUACGUCUGUGAGCUGCGGCCUGGAGGCCCCGUGUGGGAUGCAGAGAACUUCCUCGUGGGAGCACCCAGCGGGGACCUGCAGGGACCUCUGAGCCCCCUGGCUCAGCAGGAGGCCCUCUCGGCCGCCCAGGAGCCCGUCGAGGUGAUGGUGUUCCCGGGCCUGGGCCUGAGCCACGAAGCCUUCCUCACCGCUGCCGAGUUUGGGACCCAGGAGCUCAGCCGGCCUGCCCAGCUGCGGCUGCAGGUGUACCGGCCCUUGGGAGGAGCAGGGGCCUCAGAAAACAGCAGUGAGCCUGAGAGCAGGUCCCCAGAGAACAGGACGGAGCCGGCCCCUGUGUGCACACCAGAGGGACACUGGUGCCCCAGAUCCAACAUCUGCCUGCCACUGGAUGCCCCCUGCCACCCUAAGGCCUGUGCCAACGGGUCCACGUCAGGGUCGGGGCUCCCUGGAGCCUCCUAUGCACUGUGGAAGGAGUUCCUCUUCUCUGUGCCUGCGGGUCCCCCCGCCCAGUACUCGGUCACCUUCCACGGCCAGGACGGCCCCCUGCUCCCUGGUGACCUCCUCAGCUUGCAGCACGAUGCUAGACCAGGUGCCCUCCUGCACUGUCCCCCAGCACUUGGCCACACUGGCCCUGAGGCCCCAUACUUCUCCGCCAAUGCCUCAACCUGGCUGACCCGCCUGCCCGCCCAGCUGGAGGUAGCGCCGGCCAGCCCUGCCUGUAUCCUGCGGCUCUUCGCUGCCACGGAGCGGCUUACCCCGCUGCUGGGCCUGAGGCCCAACCCGGGGCUGCGGCGGCCAGGGCGCUAUGAGGUCCGGGCUGUGGUGGGCAACAGUGUGUCCAGGCACAACCUGUCCUGCAGCUUCGAGGUGCUCUCCCCAGUGGCCGGGCUGCGGGUCGUCCACCCCACCCCCGACGAUGGCCGCCUCUACGUGCCCACCAACGGUUCGGCCUUGGUGCUCCAGGUGGACUCCGGUGCCAACGCCACGGCCACGGCACACUGGCCCGGGGGCAAUGUCAGCGCGCCCUUCGAGGCUGCCUGCCCCCCUGCGGUGGCUGCCCUGGUGCCCGGCUGCACCCGCGAGGCCAACAGCACCCUGUUCUCGGUGCUGGUGCUGCCCGGGCUCAGCGAGGGCGAGCACACGGUGGAGGUUGUGGUGGAGAACGGUGCCGGCCAGGCCAGCCUCAGCCUGCGGGUGAAGGCCGAGGAGCCCAUCCGUGGCCUCCGUGCCACGCCCAGCCCCGAGGCCCGUGUGCUGCAGGGCAUCCUGGUGAGGUACAGCCCUGUGGUGGAGGCCGGCUCGGACGUGGUCUUUCGCUGGACCAUUGAUGACAAGCAGUCCCUGACCUUCCACAAUGUGGUCUUCAACGUCAUCUACCAGAGCGCUGCCAUCUUCAAGCUCUCGCUGACAGCUUCCAACCACGUGAGCAACGUUACUGUGAACUACAACGUCACCGUGGAGCGGAUGCACAAGAUGCGGGGCCUGCGGGUGUCCGCGGUGCCGCCUGUGCUGCCCCCCAACGCCACGCUGGCACUGGCGGCUGAUGUGCUGGUGGACUCGGCUGUGGAGGUGGCCUUUCUGUGGACCUUUGGGGACGGGGAGCAAGUGAUCGGUCAGUUCAAGCCUCCGUACAACAGUUCCUUCCGAGUCCCAGACUCCAUGGUGGCCCAGGUGCUGGUGGAGCACAAUACCACGCACACCUACGCCGUCCCAGGUGAGUACAACCUGACCCUGCUUGCGUCCAACACCUUCGAGAACCUGACGCAGCAGGUGUCGAUCAGUGUGCGCGCCGCCCUGCCUGCUGUGGCCGUGGUGGUGAGCAGCCAUGUCUUGGUGGCUGGCCAUCCCGUCACCUUCUCUCUGCACCCACUGCCCUCGCCUGGGGGCGUCCUGUACACGUGGGACUUUGGGGACGGCUCCCCAGCUGUGAUGCAGUACCAGCCAGAGGUCAACCACACGUAUGCCUGGAGGGGCAUGUACCACGUCCGCCUGGAGGUCAACAACACAGUCAGCAGCACAGUGGCAUAUGCUAGUGUCCGCGUCUUUGAGGAGCUCCAAGGCCUGAGUGUGAAUCUGAGCCCAGCCGUGGAGCAGGGCGCACCCACGGUGGUCAGCGCCACCCUGGAGUCGGGCGACAACGUCACGUGGACUUUUGACAUGGGGGACGGCACGGUGCUCAUGGGCCCUGAGGCCACGGUGGAGCAUUUGUACCUGCGGGCGCAGAACUGCACGGUGACCGUGCGUGCAGUCAGCCCUGCUGGCUACCUGGCCCAGAGCCUGCCCGUGCAGGUCUUUGUCCUGGAGGUGCUGCGGAUCGACCCGGCGACCUGCAUCCCUGCCCAGCCCCGUGCCCGGUUCACGGCCUACGUCACCGGAGACCCUGCCCACUAUGUCUUUGACUGGACCUUUGGGGACGGCUCGUCCAACACGACCGUCUGGGGGGACCCGACAGUGACGCACAACUUCACACGGAGCGGCACGUUCCCCCUGGCACUGGUGCUGUCGAGCCGUGUGAACAAGGCGCAUUACUUCACCAGUGUCUGCGUGGAGCCCGAAGCGGGCAACGUCACCCUGCAGCCGGAGAGGCAGUUUGUGCGGCUUGGGGACGAGGCCCAGCUGGUGGCCCAUGCCUGGCCCCCAUUCUCCUACCGCUACACGUGGGACUUUGGCACCAAGGAUGCUGCCCGUGUUGGGGGCCCUGAGGCCACGUUCACCUACUGGGACUCGGGCUCCUACCUGGUGACGGUUUCUGUGUCCAACAACAUCUCGGCCGCCAACGACUCGGCGCUCGUGGAGGUGCAGGAGCCCGUGGGGCUCACGGGCAUCAGCGUCAAUGGCUCCCACGUCCUGGAGCUGCAGCAGCCCUACCUGUUCUCUGCAGUGGGCCGUGGGCGCCCCGCCACCUACCUGUGGGAGCUGGGGGAUGGUGGGCGGCUCGAAGGCCCUGUGGUUUCCCAUGCCUACAACAGCACGGGCCACUUCACCAUCAGGGUGGCAGCAUGGAAUGAAGUGAGCCACGGCGAGGCCCAGCUGAAUGUCACAGUGCAGCAGUGCGUGCGGGGGCUCAGCAUCAACGCCAGCCGCACAGUGGUGCCCCUGAACGGCAGCGUGAGUUUCAGCGCCUCGCUGGAGGUGGGCAGCGACGUGCGCUACUCCUGGGUGCUCUGCGACCGCUGCACGCCCAUCCCCGGGGGCCCCACCAUCUCCUACACUUUCCGCUCGGUGGGCACCUUCAACGUCAUCGUCGCGGCUGAGAACGAGGUGAGUGGUGCCCAGGACAGCAUCUUCAUCUACGUCCUGCAGCACAUCGAGGGGCUGCAGGUGGCAGGCGGCAGCGGAUGCUUCCCCACCAACCGUACGCUGCAGCUGCAGGCCGUUGUCAGGGACGGCACCAACAUUUCCUAUAGCUGGGCUGCCCAGCGGGAUGGCGGCCCGGUCCUGGCCGGCAGUGGCAAAGCGUUCUCGCUCACCGUUAUUGAGGCUGGCACCUACCACGUCCAGCUGCGGGCCACCAACAUGCUGGGCAGUGCCUCAGCCAACCGCACCGUGGACUUUGUGGAGCCUGUGGGGUGGCUGGCUGCAGCCGCCUCCCCGAAUCCAGCCGCUGUCAAUGCAACUGUCGCCCUCCGUGCUGAGCUGGCUGGCGGCAGUAGUGUCCUCUACAGCUGGUCCCUUGAGGAAGGGCUGAGCUGGGAGACCCCAGAACCAUUUGCCACCCACGCCUUUCCCACCCCUGGCCUGCACCUGGUCACGGUCACAGCCAAGAAUCAACUGGGCUCAGCUAAUGCCACUCUUGAGGUGGCCGUGCAGGUGCCCGUGAGUGGCCUCUGCAUCAGGGCCAGCGAGCUGGACUACAACUUCGUGGCAGCUGGCUCCACUGUGCCCUUCUGGGGGCAGCUGGCCUCAGGCACCAACGUGAGCUGGUGCUGGGCUGUGCCAGGUGGCAGCAGGCAUGGCCCGCACAUUGCCAUGGUCUUCCCUGAUGCUGGCACCUUCUCCAUUCAGCUCAACGCCUCCAAUGCAGUCAGCUGGGUCACAGCCACACACACCCUCACGGUGGAGGAGCCUGUUGUGGGCCUCGUGCUGUGGGCCAGCACCAAGGUGGUGGAGGCCGGGCAGCUGGUCCACUUUCAGAUCCUGCUGGCCUCUGGCUCAGCCGUCAGCUUUCGCCUACAGGUCAGCGGGGCUGGCCUCGAGGUGCUUCCUGGGCCCCACUUCUCCCGCAGCUUCCCCAGGGUCGGGGACUACGUGGUGAGCAUCCAGGCUGAGAACCACGUGAGCCAGGCCCAGGCACAGGUGCGUGUCUUGGUGCUGGAGGCCGUGGGUGGGCUCCAGGUGCCCAACUGCUGUGAGCCAGGCAUCGCCACGGGCACCGAGAAGAACUUCACAGCCCGGGUGCAGCGGGGGUCCCGCGUCGCCUACGCUUGGUACUUCUCCCUGCAAAAGGUCCAGGGGGACUCUCUGGUCAUCUUGUCAGGCCGCGACGUUACCUACACCCCCGUGGCCGCGGGGCUGCUGGAGAUCCACGUGCGCGCCUUCAACGAGCUGGGUGGUGUGAAUCGCACACUUGUGGUCGAGGUCCAGGACAUCAUACAGCACGUGGUACUGCGCAGUGGCCGCUGCUUCACCAACCGCUCGGCCCGGUUCGAGGCUGCCACGAGCCCCAGCCCCUGGCAUGUGGCCUACCGCUGGGACUUUGGGGACGGGGCCCCAGUGGAGGACACAGAGGAGCCCUGGGCUGACCAUUCCUACCUGCAGCCUGGGGACUAUCGCGUGGAGGUGAAUGCCUCCAACCUGGUGAGCUUCUUCGUGGCACAGGUCACAGUCACCGUCCACGUGCUGGCCUGCAGGGAGCCCGAGGUGGACGUGGCCCUGCCCCCGCAGGUGUUGAUGCGGCGCUCUCAGCGCAACUACCUCGAGGCCCACGUCGAUCUGCGUGACUGCGUCACCUACCAGACCGAGUACCGCUGGGAGGUAUACCGCACCACCAGCUGCCAGCGGCCCAGGCGCACGGCCCCUGUGGUCCUGCCCAGUGUGGACAUGAGCCGGCCCCAGCUGGUGGUGCCACGGCUGGCGUUGCCCGUGGGCCACUAUUGCUUUGUGUUUAUGGUGUCGUUUGGGGACACACCGCUGGCGCGGAGCAUCCAGGCCAAUGUGACAGUGGCCCCUGAGCACCUAGUGCCCAUUGUUGAGGGCGGCUCGUACCGUGUGUGGUCAGACACUCAGGACCUGGUGCUGGAUGGGAGCAAGUCCUAUGACCCCAACCUGGAGGAUGGUGACCAGACACCACUGAGCUUCCACUGGGCCUGCGUGGCCUCAACACAGAGUGAGGCUGGUGGGUGUGUGCUGAACUUCGGGCCCCGAGGGAGUAGCGUGGUCACCAUCCCCCGGGAGCGCCUGCAAGCUGGCGUGGAGUACACCUUCAACCUGACUGUGUGGAAGGCAGGCCGGAAGGAGGAGGCCACCAACCAGACGGUGCUGAUCCGGAGCGGCCAGGUGCCCAUUGUGUCCUUGGAGUGUGUGUCUUGCAAGGCGCAGGCAGUGUACGCAGUGAGCCGCAGUUCUUACGUGUACCUGGAGGGCCGCUGCGACAACUGCAGCGGGGGCUCCAAGCGAGGGCGCUGGGCCGCGCGUACCUUCAGCAAUGAGACGCUGGUGCUGGAUGAGACGACCACGUCCACGGGCAGCUCGGGCAUGCGGCUGGUGGUGCGGCGCGGCGUGCUGCGGGAUGGCGAGGGCUACACGUUCACGCUCACGGUGCUGGGCCGCACGGGCGAGGAGGAGGGCUGCGCCUCCAUCCGCCUCUCCCCCAACCGCCCUCCGCUGGGGGGCUCCUGCCGUCUCUUCCCGCUGGACGCCGUGCGUGCUCUCACCACCAAGGUGCACUUCGAGUGCGCGGGCUGGCAGGACGCUGAGGACGCAGGCACCCCUCUGGUGUACUCCCUGCUGCUGCGGCGCUGUCGCCAGGGCCACUGUGAGGAGUUCUGUGUCUACAAGGGCAGCCUCUCUGCCUAUGGGGCUGUGCUGCCACCUGGCUUUGCGCCCCACUUCGAGGUCGGUCUGGCUGUGGUCGUGCAGGACCAGCUGGGCGCCGCCGUGGUGGCCCUCAACAGGUCUCUGGCCAUCACCCUGCCAGAGCCCCUCAACUACCCCCUGGACGGCCCCCCGGACCUCAUGCUCUGGCUGCACAGCCUCACAGAGAGCAUGCUGCCCAGGUUGCUGAGACAGGCCGACCCCCAGCACGUCAUCGAGUACUCCCUGGCUCUCAUCACUGUGCUCAAUGAGUAUGAGCAGGGCCUGGCCGUGGCGGCAGAGCCGGACCCCAGGCAGCAGCUUCGAGCCCAGAUACGCAAGAAUAUCACGGAGACUCUGGUCUCCCUGCGGGUCGACACUGUAGACGACAUCCAGCAGAUUGCGGCAGCGCUGGCUCAGUGCACGGUGUCCAGCAGGGAGCUCGUGUGCCGCUCGUGCCUGAAGAAGACGCUGCACAAGCUGGAGGACAUGAUGCACAUCCUGCAGGCUGAGACCGCCACGGGCACCGGGACGCCUACUGCCAUUGCCGACAGCAUCCUCAACAUCACAGGCGACCUCAUCCACCUGGCCAGCUUGGACAUGCAGGGCCCACAGCCCUCAGAGCUGGGAGCCAAGUUGCCAUCACUGAUGGUGGCAUCCAAGGCCUACCACCUCUCGUCUGCCCUCAUGUGCAUCCUUAUGCGCUCCCGCGUGCUCAACGAGGAGCCUCUGACCCUGGCGGGCGAGGAGAUAGUGGCGCAGGGCAAGCGUUCAGACCCACUGAGCCUGCUGUGCCAGGGCAACACCUCGGGCCCCGGCUGCCACUUCUCCAUCCCCACGGCCUUCAGCGGGGCCCUGUCCAACCUCAGCGACGUGGUGCAGCUCAUCUUUCUUGUGGACUCCAACCCCUUUCCCUUUGGCUACAUCAGCAACUAUACCGUCUCCACCAAGGUGGCAUCCAUGGCUUUCCAGACUCAGGCUGGCAUGCAGAUCCCCAUUGGGCAGCUGGCCUCAGAGCGUGCCAUCACUGUGAAGGUGCCCAACAACUCAGACCAGGCUGCCCAGGGCCACCGCAUCCCUGCUGGCUCCACUGUCGUCCAGCCCCGGUCCUCGGUCAGCACUGUGGUCGCCCCCGAGAACAGCAACCCUGAGGCCGGGCUGCACCUGCAGCUCACCUACAAGGUGCUGAACGAGCACUACCUGCCUGAGGAGCCUGAGCCCUACCUGGCCGUCUACCUGCACUCAGCACCCUGGCCCAAUGAGCACAAUUGCUCUGCCAGCAAGAGGAUCAGCCUGGAGGCGCUGGCGGGCGACGACCACAGGCCCUAUACCUUCUUCAUUGCCCCGGGGACCAGAGACCCGGGCGGGAGUUACUACCUGAACCUGAGCAGCCACUUCCACUGGUCGGCACUGGACGUGUCUGUGGGCCUGUACACAUCUCUGUGCCAGUACUUCAGUGAGAAGGAGAUGAUGUGGAGGACGGAGGGGCUCAGGCCCCUGGAGGAGACCUCGCCCAGCCAGGCUGUCUGCCUCACCCGCCACCUCACCGCCUUCGGCGCCAGUCUCUUCGUGCCCCCCAGCCGCAUCCACUUCAUCUUCCCCGAGCCGGCCUCGGGCAUGAACUACAUCGUCCUGCUGACGUGUGCUAUGUGCCUGGUCACCUAUGCGGUCAUGGCCGUGAUCCUGCGUAAGCUGGACCAGCUGGACGUCAGCCGGGUCCGCAUCAUCCCUUUCUGCGGGAAGGGAGGCCGCUUCAAGUACGAGAUCCUGGUCAAGACCGGCUGGGGCCGCGGCUCAGGGACCACGGCACACGUGGGCAUCAUGCUCUAUGGGGCAGACAGCCGGAGUGGCCACCGGCACCUGGACGGGGAUGGAGCCUUCCACCGCAACAGCCUGGACAUCUUCCAGAUCGCCACCCCGCACAGCCUGGGAAGCGUGUGGAAAAUCCGCGUGUGGCAUGACAACAAAGGGCUCAGCCCCGCCUGGUUCCUGCAGCACGUCAUCGUCAGGGACCUGCAGACCGCUCGCAGCACCUUCUUCUUGGUCAAUGACUGGCUGUCGGUGGAGACUGAGGCCAACGGGGGCCUUGUGGAGAAGGAGGUGCUGGCUGCAAGUGACGCAGCCCUGUGGCAGUUCCGGCGUCUCCUCGUGGCUGAGCUGCAGCGUGGCUUCUUUGACAAGCACAUCUGGCUCUCCAUGUGGGACCGGCCACCUCGAAGCCGCUUCACCCGCGUCCAGCGGGCCACCUGCUGUGUCCUCCUCAUCUGCCUCUUUCUGGGUGCCAAUGCCGUGUGGUACGGGGUCGUCGGAGACGCUGCCUACAGCACAGGGCCUGUGUCCAGGCUGAUCCCCCUGAGUGUUGACACAGUCGCCGUUGGCCUGGUGUCCAGUGUGGUUGUCUACCCCAUCUACCUGGUCAUCCUGUUCCUCUUCCGGAUGUCCCGGAGCAAGGUGGCUGGGGGCCCGAGCUCCACCCCUUUGGGGCAGCAGAUACUGGACAUCGAUAGCUACCUGGACUCAUCUGUGCUGGACAGCUCCUUCCUUACCUUCCCAGGGCUCCGUGCGGAGGCCUUUGCUGGACAAAUUAAAAAUGACUUAUUUCUGGAUGAUUCUAAAAGCCUAGCGUGCUGGCCAUCCAGCGAAGGCAUGCUCAGUUGGCCAGACUUGCUGAGUGACCCGUCCAUCAUGGGCAGUACCCUGCAGCGCCUGGCACGGGGCCGGAUGGGCCACAUGCUGGGCCCAGAGGAGGACGGUCUCUCCCUGGUCAGCCCCUCCUCACCUGCCAAAUAUUUCUCAGCUUCAGACGAAGACUUGAUCCGGCAGAUCCUGGCUGAAGGGGCCAGCAGCCUAGCCCCCACCCAGGACACUCAAGUAGAAACGGACCUGCUCACUGGCCUGUCCAGUGCUCCUGGGGAGAAGACUGAGACGCUGAUGCUGCAGAGGUUCGGGGACAGGGGGCUGCCCAGCCCAGGCCUGACCUGGGAACAGCCCCAGUGGGCAAAGCUCUCCAGGACAGGGCUGGUGGAGGGUCUGCGGAAGCGACUGCUGCCGUCCUGGUGUGCACCCCUGGCCCACGGGCUCAGCCUGCUCCUGGUGGCUGUGGCUGUGGGGGUUUCGGGGUGGGUUGGUGCCAGCUUCCCUGCUGGCGUGAGUGUCACGUGGCUCCUCUCGAGCAGCUCUAGUUUCCUGGCCUCAUUCCUCGGCUGGGAGCCACUCAAGGUCCUGCUGGAAGCCCUGUAUUUCUCACUGGUGGCCAAGCGGCUGCACCCUGAUGAGGAUGACACCCUGGUGGAGAGCCCGGCCGUGACACCGGUGAGCGAGCGUGUGCCCCGUGUGCGGCCCCCCCAUGGCUUCGCACUCUUCCUGGCAAAGGAGGAAGCCCGAAAGGUCAAGAGGCUGCACAGGAUGCUGAAGAGCCUCCUGGUGUACAUGCUCUUCCUGCUGGUGACACUGCUGGCUAACUAUGGGGACGCCUCGUGCCACAGCCAUGCCUACCGCCUGCAGAGUGCCAUCAAGCAGGAGCUGGACAGCCAGGCCUUCCUGGCCAUCACUCGGUCUGAGGACUUCUGGCCGUGGAUGUCCCACGUGCUGCUGCCCUACGUCCAUGGGAACCAGUCCAGCCCAGAGCUGGGGCCCCUACGGUUGCGGCAGGUGCGGCUGCAGGAAGCACUCUGCCCAGACCCUCCCGGCUCAGGGGCGCAUCUGUGCUCAGCAGCCUCAGGCGGCUUUAGCACCGGUGACUACAGCAUUGGCUGGGGGACUGCUGUCCACAAUGGCUCUGAGACGUGGGCCUACUCGGCGCCUGACCUGCUGGGCGUCUGGUACUGGGGCUCCUGCGCCGUGUACGACAGCGGGGGCUACGUGCAAGAGCUGGCGUUGAGCCUGGAGGAGAGCCGCGAGCAGCUGGGCUUCCUGCAGCUGCACAACUGGAUCGACAACAGGAGCCGCGCCGUGUUCGUGGAGCUCACGCGCUACAGCCCGGCCGUGGGGCUGCACGCUGCCGUCACGCUGCGCCUCGAGUUCCCCGCCGCCGGACACGCCGUGGCGGCCCUCAGCGUCCGCCCGUUCGCCCUGCGGCGCCUGAGCGCCGGCCUCUCGCUGCCGCUGCUCACCUCGGUGACCCUGCUGCUGUUCGCGCUGCACUUCGCCGUGGCCGAGGCGCGCGCCUGGCGCAGGGAGGGGCGGGCGCGCACGGCGCGGCCCGGGACCUGGGCGCGGUGGCUGCUGGUGGCGCUGACGGCGGCUACAGCGCUCGUGCGCCUGGCCCAGCUGGGCGCCGCCGACCGCCAGUGGACCCGCUUCGUGCGCCGCCGCCCGCGCCGCUUCACCAGCUUCGAGCAGGUGGCGCAGCUGAGCGCCGCGGCCCGAGGCCUGGCUGCCUCGCUGCUCUUUCUGCUCCUGGUCAAGGCCGCCCAGCAGCUGCGCUUCGUGCGCCAGUGGUCGGUUUUCGGCAAGACACUGUGCCGGGCCCUGCCGGAGCUCGUGGGGGCAGCCUUAGGCCUGGUGGCGCUCGCCGUAGCCUACGUGCAGCUGGCCGUUCUGCUGGUCUCCUCCUGCGUGGACUCUCUUCAGAGCGCUGCCCGGGCCCUCCUGGUGCUGUGUCCCGGGGCUGGGGCCCCCGCCCUGUGCCCUGCCGAGUCCUGGCGCCUGUCCCCCUUGCUGUGUGCGGGGCUCUGGGCCCUGCGUCUGUGGGGUGCCCUGAGGCUGGGAGCCGUCCUUCUGAGGUGGCGGUACCACGCUCUGCGUGGGGAGCUCUACCGACCCGCCUGGGAGCCGCAGGACUACGAGAUGGUGGAACUGUUCUUGCGCAGGCUGCGCCUCUGGAUGGGCUUUAGCAAAGUCAAGGAGUUCCGUCAUAAAGUCCGCUUUGAAGGAAUGGAGCCACUGCCUUCCCGCUCAUCCAGGGGCUCCAAGUCGACCCCAGACAUGCCCCCACCCAGCGGUGGCUCCGACGCCUCACGCCCCUCCACGUCUUCCAGCCAGCUGGACGGGCUGAGCGUGGGCCUGGGCCGGCUGGGGCCACGGGGGGAGCCGGAGCCCGAGCCCUCCCGCCUCCACGCAGUGUUCGAGGCCCUGCUUGCCCAGUUUGACCGACUCAACCAGGCCACGGAAGACGUCUACCAGCUGGAGCGGCGGCUGCAGAGCCUGCACGGCCGCAGGAGCGGUGUGCCCCCAGCCUCGCCUCUCCGUGCCCCAUUCCCAGGCCUGCGGCCAGCCCUGCCCAGCCGCCUUGCCCGGGCUAGUCGAGGCAUUGGCCUGGCUACAGGCCCCAGCCGGGCGUCCAUGCGGCCCAAGAACAAGGUCCACCCCAGUAGCACUUAGCUCCAGGAGACCUGGGCUCAUGCCCUUUCCCUGGGGCAGGCCUGUGCCUUCACUCUGGCCCCUUGGAGCCAGAGCAGACACCACUCAGUAUUACCUUCUGCUGCCCUCAAGGUCUCAGGCCGGGCAGAGCAGCUGCACGCAGGUACCCCAGAGAUGGGCAGCACUUGUCUGUGUCUCUCUGUGGGCUUCAGCACUUUAAAGAGGCCACAAGGCCAGCCAGGACCCAGAAUCCCCUCCCCGGCUCCCUGGGGAGGACACAGCAGUAUUGGACUGAGUGCCCAGCCUCUGAGAUGCUAAUUUAUUUCCCGAGUCCUCAGGUACAGCGGGGCUGUGCCCGGCCCCACCUCCUGGGCAGACAUCUCCCCCUCGCUAAGGAUCCAGGCUAUGGGGAGAGAACUGCACCUCCUGUAAUCCUCUCCCUAAAUUAUUACCUCUCCUGUCCCCUGCUGAGUGCACUUGCCUCCAGCUGCAGUCUGUGUGUCUACCGUCAGUAAUUUAUACGGGGUUCAGAUGUAUCUAUUUUUGUACGUCGCUCUCUUUUUCACCAGGGCCGAGGGGCCCCGUGCCUGCGCCGAGGGGGAGCUGGGGCUGCAGAGCUGGCCUCCCUCCCCAGACACCUGCCCGCAUGCUGCUUCUCAGAUCCGAGUCUAGCUUUGGCCCGGUGCUGGGCUGGGAGGGUUGUUGAAGAGCACAGCUGCCCCCAGGCAGUCUGUCACAGCCAUGGCCUUGUUCUCCUGCUCCGCCCAAGGCCAGGCAGUGAGGAGCCCAGGCCUGCUGGCAUCAGGGCUGGGUAAGGAGCAGGACUAGUGCAUGGCGGAGGACCCAAGGGUGGUUAGGGGGAAAGACCCCUCCCCAGGAGCUGGCUCCCAGGGCUGGGGCAGGUGAGUGUGACAGCGUAUGUCAGAACACGUGUGGUGGUGUGUGAGGCUUUCCUGAAGGGGCAAGGCCCUGACCACAGCCCAGCGGGCCCCCACCCCACUUCUGUGGGCAUGGCCGAAACUACAGCCUUGAUCCCGCCCCCAACCCCCCAACAGACGAAGUCAAAUAAACGAGUUGGCUGAC